CGCCGUUUUCCCGUCUCACUGUUGCCACAUCGUUUGCUGCUCCGCUGUCUGUAUGUCGGAAACCGUAUUAUGCACAAAAUAACGUCAACCUUUAGUGUGACUGUUCGUGGACAGAAUAUGAUAUUAUUUCCGCCUACAUUUCGGCAAAUGGUGGUUAUUUAAAAUUGACACGUUUUUAAACCGGAGUCGGGCGGUGGGAAAUGAUAUCCUGUGACUGUCAUGUCGGCGUCUUCACAGAAGGGCGAAUGAAACACAAUCUGGAGCUCGAGAGUGAAGGACAAACCAUGCAUCUUUAUUUCCGUUGACGAGGACGAGCAUCUCAACAUCGAAAUCAAAACCGAGUUUUAUUUUUUUAGCGAUAUAUCUAUUUAAAGAACGUUAGAAAGGGCAUAUAAAAUAGUUCAACUUUCAGAUUUAGUGUAUUGACUGCAAUUAAAGGCGUCAUCUUAUCUAUGAUAAAAAGUGACAUGAAACUGUUAUAAUUUCUAAUUAUAUUUUUGAAUAUAGAUACUUCCUUAUUUUUUUAAAUGUCUUAUUUUCCAUUGCUGGGCACUGGAGAAGAAUAUAAAUUUAGGAACUUUAUAUGCCGUGAAAUUUUCACUUUGGCUCUUGUCACAAACUACUGUAGAUUAUUAUUUAAUUGAAGAUUUAUAAUGUUGGAUUCAAAGAUGAAGGAUGUGUGUCGCAUCUGUGCAAGAGAGCUGUAUGGUAACCAGCGCCGAUGGAUCUUCCACCCAACGGCCAAGCUGAGUCUGCAGGUGCUGCUGUCCUACGCAUUGGGCAGGGAAAUGACCCGAGAUGGCAGGGGAGAGUUUGCUUGCAGCAAGUGUGCCUUCAUGCUGGACCGAAUGUACCGCUUCGAUACUGUGAUCGCCAGGGUGGAAGCAUUGUCCAUUGAAAGGAUGCAGAAGCUCUUGUUGGAGAAAGACAGGCUUAGGCAGUGCAUUGGUGGACUGUACCGCAAAAACAAUGCAGAUGACUCUGGAGUGGAUAGCGGUGCUGCAGACUCUUCUGUAUUUGACUUCUCUAGACUAGCUGAAGCUGAAUACAACGCUCUAUUACAGGAUGAUCUGGCAUACUCUGUUUAUGAGUCCUGGGCUGAGCAUGGCGGCACUCAGGAGCAGGUUCAAGACCAUCAAUGCCUUGUUCAUCAGUGCCAUGCGGCAGCAGAUGCCACUUUAGGUCCACGUCCCAGGAAGUGCAAAGGGUGCGCUGCACUGCGAGUGGCAGAUUCAGAUUACGAGGCUGUCUGCAAGGUUCCCAGGAAAGUGGGUCGGAGCACUUCCUGCGGGCCCACCACACGUUACUCCAAUAGUGUUCAGGACAGUGCUGAAGAAACCAUCCCAUCCACUCCUCCACCAGACACGGAACCUGACAAAAACAAUCAAUCUCGCCAACCCAGUGAUUCAGAGCCUGUCUUUGUGAGUCCUGCCUCCUCUGUGGAGUCUUUGGACACUGCUGUAGAUGUCACCCAAGAGUCUUAUCCAAAAACCCAUCCUAACACCGUGCAGAGAGAGUCUGAAGAGGAACAAUCUGCCAUCAAGAUGCCUAGUUCUGUUUGUGGAAUUGAUAUGGCCCUCAGCUUGCUUAAAAGCUUUGAAUAUCACCCUCUUCAGAGUCACAGAGGUAGUCGAAUUCCUGUGCUCCUCAAACGUAUAUCUACACCCAUGGGAAGUUCUUACCCUCUGCUACAGGUGCCUUCCAUUGGGAUAGAGUGUCCAAUUUCUCCACAUCUUCCAUAUGCUCCUUCCAGUAUCCAGCAGGAGCUUCAGCUUGAGUUGGCAGAAAUGGAAGAGCUGUGGUUGGAUGAUUAUGUGCAGUGCAAGCCAUUGGGCCUUCAGAAGAGGUUGAUUGAGGAGCAGCAGUGUCAACUGGCAGAAUAUGAGAACGCAGCGGGUCAGUGUGUCCAGUCUCUCCAGACCAAGAUCCGAGACAGCGAGGGCAGUAAUAAGAAGUUACAGCAGAGGCUUGGGGACAUGGAAAGUGAACUACGCUCUCUCAGAGAAGCAGCAUGUGGUCAGGAGAGAAAUAUACAGACCUUGAGUGACUCACUCAACACUAAAGACUGUGAGAUUACUGAUCUCCACCAGCUCAUUAAAGAGCAUAAGGAACUUCUGCACUCUCUGACGCAACAGAACAACCAUUACCAGCUUCAGCUGCAGCAGGUGUCUGGAGUGGCUCCGAGUCGUCUGCAGGCUGAUCUGUUGGACCUCCAGGGCUCUCUGUUUUUAGCCCAGUUGGAGCUGCAGGGCCUUCAAAGAGUACAGCAACAUGGCCAGAGGCGAGAAGAAGACCUGGCUCAUGCAAACCAGCGCCUACAGGCUGACCUGCAGAGAGCCCUGCAACAUCACCAGGAGGCAGAAAAGCACAACCAGGAUCUACAGGCUGCUCUAGAGAAGGCUCGCUUUGAGGUACAACAAAUGGAGGAGAAAUGGAGAAACGAAUGUAAACAGAGGGAGAAAGAGGUUAAAGAGAGAAAGAGGACCAUUCGGGAUCUGAAGACCUCACUAGAGCACAAAAAACGUCUGAUAGAAGACUACAGUGAGCCAGUGGAUAGUCAGAAAGAGCAUGCUGGGAGUAGAGACAACCUCAUCCACAAGCUAAAACAUCGCAUUCAGGAAAGAGACCGAGCACUGGAGAGAGCGAUAGAUGAUAAGUUCAUGUGCAUGGAACAGAAGGAAGACGAGGUGCGUAAACUGCAACUGCUGCUGAGAGAGAAAGAGAGAGACCUGGAGAAACUUCAGUGUGUGCUGUCCAACAAUGAAGAAACAAUCAUGAGUCUGGAGUUGCUGCUUCGUGGGAAAAGUUUAGAGCUGGAGCAAGUUUGUCAGGCCUGGCACAAUGUUCAGAACGUUCAGCAUGAGAAAGAAGAGUCACACAUGCGCAGCCUGAGAGAAAGGGACACUUUAAUCAGUCAGCUGCAGACAUCACUGCACACACGCACCAAAGAGGCGAAGGAGAUGACUGCGGUUCUUCUCAGUAAAGUGUCAGUCGGGUCAAAUGAGGUGGCUGAGGAGCUGAAUUCUCGGCUUCAGCUCAAGGAACAUUUGUUCCAGGAGCUGCUGUCGGACCGCAGCAGACAGACUCAAGAGCAUCACUCUCAAGUCCAAGACCUGCUCAACACCAUCAAUGCAAGAGAGCUGUACAUCAGGGAUUCUGCAGGGCGUGUGGGUCAGGUGGUAGCCGAACAGACCGCUCGAUUGCAGGAGCUACGUAGGCAACUUCGAUCGGCUAGCCCACAGUCAACUGAAGCAGACACACAAACUCUUCAGGAUGAGCUCCGACUGACUCUCCGCAGAGAAAGAGAGGCCCAGAACCAGCUUACUGCCCUGCAUGUCACCCUGGCAUCCCACCAAGACCAACUCAAGACCCAGGCCUCAGAUAUAGAGGCUUUGAGCAGGACUUUGAGCAUCAAAGAGGAAAUCAUCAAGGACUUGCAGAUGCAGUUGGUGGAUCCGUCAGAUUUACCACUAGUAGAGCAACUGACCCAAGAGCUACAGAUGCUGAGAGAGAAGGUGGAACAUCAGGACCCUGCCUGCAGUAAUCACAAGCAGGCUAUAUUGGAUCCACUGGUGUCCAUGGAAACAGGACAUGGGGCUAAAUCUCAUGCUGACUUUGGAGGAUUUAUAUCAGAUGAUGGAGAGGAGGAUGAUGAAGACUGCAAUAGUGAGUUUGCAGACUGUGCCGAAGACGAGGAGUGCUCCAAAUUGACAGCUCGGCCUUUGGUCAGUAUACAGCUGCUGGUGGAGCAGAAGGGGGCAGUAGAGAGAGAACUGAUGGAGCUCAAGUCCCAGUUGGAAAAGGCUGGAAGAAAGCCUCAGAAUGAUGGACAGAAGAGCACGUCAGAUGGACAGUCCAACGGACAGCUGGUGGAUGCAGUUGGUGUAGAGCCCAAUGAAAGGGAUCCAGUGUGUGGCAAGAUGGUGCGACUGAAGUCUGACUUUGAGCAGGUCCAGCAGAGAGCUGUCACGAUCGCAGAAACAUCAGUACAGCAGGACAAUAAGCAGAUCCAGGUGGACAUCCAGGAUCUGGGGUACGAGACAUGUGGCCGCAGUGAGAAUGAGGCAGAGAGAGAAGAGACCAGCAGCCCAGAGUUUGAUGAUCUGGAGCUGUGCACAUCUCCCUCUUAUCAUGAUGGGGGCUCUCAGUGGUGGAGUUGUCCCAGUUCACUGAACUCUGGGACGACUGAACAUGAUGUGACAUACCUGCAGCAGCUGGUAGAGGACCUGCGUCAUCAGCUCUCCCAAUCUCAGGCUCUGAUCCAUAGCCUGAAGACCCAAACACGCGAUCACACUUCAGUCAGCUCUCUUCGUGAGGUCAGCUGGGGCCUGGAUAACUCUGAGGCACAGAGUACAGCUGAGGAGGACGAGGGCUGGCAGUCGUCUGAUGGCUUCGGGUCUCUCCCCCGCCAGCCCAAGCAAGACCGAGAGCUGCAGGAGCUCGUCUCCCGUGUGACAUCACUGGAGGAGCAGCUCAGGAAGGGCAAAGGUCAUUCAGAAGAUGGCAAAGCUGUGAAUCGGCCGGGUAAGUUUGACACGCUGAUCUAAGCACAGGCCCGUGAGCUUUCUCACCUGCGUCAGAGGAUGCGGGAGGGCCGUGGCGUGUGCCAUAUUCUGACUCAGACCCUGGGAGACACCACCAAGACCUUUGAAGAGCUGCUGCGCUCUAAUGACAUUGAUUACUACAUGGGACAGAGCUUCAGAGACCAGCUCUCCCAGAGCAUCUCACUCGCUCAGAGAGUCAGCUCCAAAAUCAGCGGCCGGGAUCACUCUGAAGUCCCAGAUGACAAGUCAGGUCACGAGCUGCUCGCAAUACGGCUAAGUAAGGAGCUACAACAGAAAGACAAGCUCAUUGAGGCACUACGCUCCAAACUUGGCCAGCAACAACCACGAUUGGAUACGUCUACUAGCAGUCAUGCCCUCUCUGUGGCUACAGACCAGUCAGACAGGACCUCUUUUGUGUCAGAUGGCCAUGGCUCAACCAAUGAGGAUCUAGAGCUGUGCUCCGAGCUAGACGCUGCCAGCGAAUAUGGCCAAGAGGAGGCAGCGAGAAUUGCUACAGACUCGUGCGAUCAUAGAGGCCCAGCCUCAUUACAUUCAUCCAAUCCUCCAUCUAUCACUUCAUCACACAGCCACCAGUCCUUCAAAACCUCUCCCAGCAUGCACUGCACACCACAUAGGCCAAUGGAAACCCAAGCACAGACAGGCCUCUCUACUGUACCUCUGUCCAGCUCCAUUUCCUUCUCCACUUCUCUCCACUGUCCUGAAAUGUCUUCUCUGCCUGUGUUUGAUCCUCAAACUCAACCCCUGAGAACCUGUCACCAUUAUGGUGGGAGGUUUUCCCUGGCAGAGGUUCACCAAGAGCUUCAAAUGCUCCAGAGACAGCUUGGAAACAGCUACCAUGGUCCUCAGAUCAAACCCCUUCCUGCAAUUCCACUGGGCUCCCUUACUCAGCCUGACCAUAACAGCUUACACCCACUAUCCCAUCAUGCCUAUGAGCAGUCACCUUUAAGACCAGGCAUGUAUGGAGACGUGUCCUCUGGUUCCUCUGGGUAUCAGUAUACAGGUGCAGAAUUGAUAAAAGAACACUUAAGGGAGAUUCGCACACUCCGGCGGCGUCUAGAAGACUCUAUCCAGACCAAUGACCGUCUGAGACAACAGCUGGAGGAGAGAUUGGCCUCCUCUGACCGAAACGGAGCAGGGGGAGCGCCCACUAACAUCUAUAUCCAAGGCCUUGAUUCUGUCAGUCAACUGUCCAAUGAGAUUCGAUCACUGAAAGAGGAAAAUUAUGCCUUGCAGAACCAGCACCAGCAGGCCAGGACAGAAGGCAGUAAAAAGAUGGAGCGGCUGAGAGAGGCGGUUCUGUCUGGGCGUGGCCAGUUAAAUCAGGCGGAGCUAGAAGCUGACAGGUGGGCGGAUCAGUGCAGACGGCUGCAGGCUCAGAAUAGAGAGCAGGUUCCGGCAGUACUGCAGCUCAAACAAGAGAAACAAAACAGCCUGGACAACAGCGCCAGGUUACCGCAUGAAGUGAAUGUUCUCCAGCAGCAGCUGAAUGAGUGUCAGAGUCUAGUGCAUACACUGCAGUGUGAACUACAGGUGUAUCAGAGAGUCUGUGGCACUACUGAGAGCAACACGGGCUCAGGAUUGAGUUUGAACUUUGACCUACGAGAGCGAGAGUCUAACAUACAUUUGUUGAAGCAGCAGUUGAGAGAAAGGCUGGACCAGAGUAUUCCAUGUCCCUCAGCCAGGAAACAGCUCUUUCUCGACCAGUCACCAUCUCCUCCUGUUCGAGAUAAAGGGUUCUUCAGCCCUGCUUCACCAGCUGUGGAACCAGAUGACCUAAAGUCUUCUGUUGGUGGUAAGAUUCUGGAGGUUGAGGCCCCUGACAGCUCCUUCGCCUGCAAGACUGGGCAUCACAUAAUUGCUCACGUGGAUGACUUCAGUGCCCUUCAGCAGCAGCUACUGGAAGGCAAGGCUGUUAUCCACAACAUGGAGCAGGUACUGCAGUCCAGCACAGGAUCACCUAAACUACCAGAGGGUUAUAUGAAGAACCUUAACACUGGCACUAAAACACUGAAGCAGAUUCUGGAGGAGACAAGCUCGCUCUUAAGAAUAUUCUGGAGGGCAUCUCUGCCCUGCACUGAGACCACGGCCCAGCAGCUCAGAAAGGAGCAGUCUUUGAAAAAAGAGGUUUUCACUCUGAGGUGCAAGUUGUCUGAUCAAGAGCAGCUGCUCAGGGACACGAUGGAGAAUCUGAGGACCUCCAGUCGCAUUAAAGACAGCAUGGAGCAAUUUAUCGUCAAUCAAUUGUCAAGAACACGUGAUGUGUUGAAACAAGCUCGCUCAAAUCUAGAGAAGAACGAACUCAAGAUUACCUCUCUAGGCUGCACCCCUCUCCCUUCAUCCUUCUGUUCGCUCUUAUCCACUCCUUCCUGGUCUGAUAGAGGUGAGGUCUCAGGAGCCUCCCUCCAACAUGCCUCCUUUCUUGGUUGGAAUUUCGUGACCCCUCACGCUCAGGAUCAGCACAAAUCAGUGACAGCUUCAUGGCUGGCACAGUGGAGUGACAGACAAGUGUGCUGCAGAACAGACUCCAGAGUGAGUCCUGCUGUCUCUCUCUCUCUCUGAGUGAUUCAUGAGUGAGUCAUGUUAAUUUACCCUAAGAUGCAUUAGAUGUCCUGGAUCAUGUGUAGAUCUAUCAUUCUAGAUCUAUCAGUUAGCUUUAUUUAUUAUAUAAGAACCACCAAAAAGCUCUCAAAGUUCCAUUUGAUAAGAUUAGUAUUCUAGAUGUUUGGACUAUCAAUCAUGUCUCCAACCAAAGUAACAUCUCAUGGGUUUGUGUUUGGUAUUAGGGUUUAUAAUGAACCAGCAAUACAAUUCAUGUGUAAUUAUAAUACUACUGUGCUACCAGCCAGACCUGCUACACUGUAAAUGAAAGUCACCCCAAGGGCGAGCUGAAGACCGAUGGUGCAAUAAUAUUUCAAUAAGCCUGCUGCUGUAGUCUUGACAUUGGAAUAUAAGAGACAUGUUUGUUUUGUGUUAUUGCCAAAGUUUGAGUCUGUUGCUUUUAAUGAACUAACCCUCUGCUGUGUUUUGUUCUAUUAAACCUGUAGUAGAGUUUUU